UGGUCCUGCAUAAGCCCUCUGCCACAGGGCAGCAAAAGCCAACGUGACCUUGCUGGAAAGCAUUGCACCUUGGGACUGAUCAACUGCCGUGGAGGGGUUGGUCCCUUCGCCCUGCAGACACAAUGCCUCUGACCAGCGUCUCUCUGUAUGCAGCAGAUGAUUUGAAAGAUGAAGAAGCGCAAUGUGGUGGUUGGAGUCCUGAUUUUGCUUCUGCUGGGCCUGUCCCUUUUCUUGGGGCUGUUCUUUGGGCUGCGCUCUGCACAAGAUGGAUAUCUUUAUAAGAGGGCAGCUGUGGCCACAGAUGCUGGGCAGUGCUCGAUAAUUGGAAGGGAUAUCCUUCAGCAAGGAGGAUCUGCAGUGGAUGCUGCCAUUGCAGCUCUGCUCUGUGUAGGCCUUAUGAAUGCUCACAGCAUGGGAAUUGGAGGGGGUGUCUUCCUCACAAUCUACAAUGCUACAGGGAAAGUCGAAAUCAUUAAUGCAAGAGAAGCGGCUCCAAAACGUGCAUCCCAGGGCAUGUUUGGGAACAAUACGGAGCUCUCCCUUAAAGGAGGAUUGUCCAUUGCAGUCCCAGGAGAAAUCCGAGGCUAUGAAAUGGCUCAUAAACGUCAUGGCAGGUUAGCAUGGAAAAGCCUGUUUCUGCCCAGCAUCAAGUUGGCAAGAGAAGGGUUCCCCAUUGGGAAAGGCCUUGCAGGAGCCAUCAAAUCAAGGAAAGAGAAGAUUGAAAGCAACCCUUCACUGUGUGAAGUGUUCUGCAGAGAAGGAAAAAUCCUACAGGAGGGGGAAGUCAUCAGGAUGCCCAAGCUAGCAAUCACUUAUGAGACUUUAGCCAAUGAGGGACCCAAUGCCUUUUACACGGGAAGCCUGGCACAGCAAAUUGUCACUGACAUCAAAAAUGCAGGGGGCAUCAUUACAGUGGAAGACCUGAGGGAUUAUCGUGCCAUCCUAACUGAAAAUCCUACGCAGAUCCAAAUUGGGGAGUUCAAGCUGUACACUCCCAGUGCUCCAUUGAGCGGUCCAGUGCUAGCUCUCAUCCUAAACAUUCUGGAAGGAUUUAACUUUUCUGGUGACAGUGUCAAAACCGUGGAGAAAAAGGGUCUGACUUACCAUCGCAUUGUGGAGGCCUUUCGCUUUGCAUAUGCCAAGAGGACUUUACUGGGGGACCCAGAAUUUGUCAAAAUCAAGGAGGUGAUCAGCAACAUGACGUCUGAAUUCUUUGCAGAUAAUCUACGGAGGAAAAUCUCUGACAACAUGACCCAUACAGUUGACUACUAUGAGCCAGAGUACUACACUCCAGAUAAUGCCGGUACAUCUCACCUCUCCAUUGUGGCCGAUGAUGGCAGUGCUGUGUCCGCCACCAGCACCAUCAACCAAUACUUUGGCUCAGAAGUCCGAUCCAAUGUGAGUGGAAUCAUAUUUAAUGAUGAGAUGGACGACUUCAGCUCACCUUUCAUUGUUAAUGGAUUUGGAGUUCCUCCCUCUACUGCAAACUUCAUUGAACCAGGUAAACGUCCCCUGUCUUCCAUGUGCCCAUCAAUACUACUGGAUAAAACAAAUAAAGUGAAGAUGGUGGUUGGUGCUUCUGGAGGGACAAAAAUAACUACAGCAACAGCACUGGCAAUCAUCAAUGCCCUCUGGUUUGGUUACGACGUUAAGAAGGCCGUGGAAGAGCCGCGAGUUCAUGACCAGCUAUUUCCCAACGUCACUGAACUGGAAGAACAAGUGGAAGAGGGCAUUGAGAUGGAACUAAGGAACAGGAAACAUGAUAUCAAGCGAGGUAACACCGGGGCUGUCGUCCAAGCAAUUCUGAGGACUGGUGACGGUUGGGCUGCUGCAUCAGAUUCCCGGAAAGGUGGUUUCCCUGCCGGCUACUGACCUGGCUUGAGUUUGCUCUGGGAACCUGCUUCUUCAUCAGUCUACUGAUUAAACCCAGGAGGAGGAAUGGGUAGAUAUAGUUGAACGCUGCAACUCAGGGACUCGUACAAGAAAGAGGAGGAACUUGCCUAUGGUUCUCUUACUGGAUCCUAGCUUGGUGGCCUCCUUGCCCAUUACUGAAGUGCCUUUCGGCCGACCACGGCACUUGAGGGGAAUGCCUUUGUGCCAGAAGAUAUAGCAUCUGCCUAAAAGGAGUCUGAUCUUUCUUCCUUACCCCAACUUCCUUUCAUACCCACUGAGCAGACCCUUCCUGCGCAGAACAUUUGUAGGUCUGACUCCUUACAGCUGUAGACGGCAUUCGUUCGUCUUUCACCUUUACCCAGCCUUUCCUCUAGCAGCAAUGAAGCUCCUAGCAGAAAACCAUAAUGGAGUUUGAAUGGGACUCUAGGUGUUGGCCGCCUGAUGAAGACAUCUGGCUGAAGGGCAGGGGGAGGAGUUCAAGAAGUGUAGUGUGGUAACCCUUCUCCACAAAGAUCACCGCUGUUUGUUUUAAUAGAGUAUCUCUUUGGUUCUCAUUGCCAGAGCUUGUUCUUCAGGCUGAGUGGGUAGCUGAGGUGGUUUUUCAUGUCUUGUUUGUUUUUAUAUUUCUGUUCAAAGAGUUUUAAAGGGAAGAAAGCAGCUACCUGAGUAAUUAUUUUUCAGCAUACAUAAAAUAAAGGCCUACGGAGUCUCA